CAAGAGCAGGCAGCAACAGGCCCUGCCGGCGCAGGCUGGGGCAGGAAGGAGGCCCACGUGUCCUCUGCCAUCAUGGCUCGCCGGUCACAGAGUUCCUCCCAGGGGGACAACCCCCUGGACCCCAACUACCUUCCUCCUCACUACAAGGAAUACUACCGCCUGGCACUGGACAAACUGGCCGAGGAAGGUGAGGAGAGCUACCAUCAGUUCCUGACUGAGGAAGGAGCCCCGGACUUCCUCUGUGCCUCAGAGGUGGAACAUAUCACCCGGCACCUGCAGAAGCCGCAAUAUGCCAACCAGGAGAGUGGUGGCAGCACAGACUCUGGCCCAGGGGACACGGACGUAGAUGGCUCUUCUGGGACUUACUGGCCUAUGAACUCUGACCUUGCCGUCCCAGAGCUGGAUCUGGGCUGGCCAAUGGUCUUUGGUUUCAGGGGGACUGAGGUGACAACCCUGGUGCAACCCCCACCCCCAGACAAUCCCAGCGUCAAGGAGGAGGCUCGCAGGAUGAUCCGCGCAGCACAGCAGGUGGUUGCCAUAGUGAUGGACAUUUUCACAGAUGUGGACCUGCUGAGUGAGGUGCUGGAUGCAGCCGCACGGAGGGUGCCCGUCUACGUCCUGCUGGAUGAGAUGAAUGCCCAGCUCUUCCUGGACAUGGCUGCCAAGUGCAGAGUGAACCUGAACUAUGUGGACUUCCUGCGGGUGCGAACAGUAUCUGGUCCCACCUACUACUGUCGCACGGGGAUGUCGUUCAAAGGGCACGUGAAGGAGAAGUUCCUGCUGGUGGACUGCAUGGUGGUACUGAGUGGCAGCUACAGCUUUAUGUGGUCCUUUGAGAAGAUCCAUCGGAGCAUUGCCCACAUCUUCCAGGGAGAGUUGGUGGCCAGCUUCGAUGAGGAAUUCCGCAUUCUUUUUGCACAGUCAGACCCUUUGGUUCCUCCCGCCAAUCUCUUGAUGAAGACAGAAAGCCUCAUGGCGCCCUUUGGCUUGGCACCUUUUGGCAACAAUAUGCCCUUGUUCCCAAAGAAACCCCACCUGCUGUUCCCUAGAGAAGACAACCUUUUCUCACCAUUUGCGGACAGAGUUGAUCCAGAUCGAUACUUCUUGUCUUCUUUCAGAAGAGAUGACAUGCUGCGUCACACCUUGGAGGGUUCAGCUAUGAGAAUGUAUUCCAAAAAGAUUGAGAUGGAUAAUGCCCAAAUGGAUCCUGUCCGCGGCUUUCUCCGUUCCAAGCAAUUGGAGCUGGAUUCGUUUAAAAGGCAUAGCUUUGCAGAGGGUACCUUUGAGAACUUUUCUGCCUCAAAGCAGUAUUCCAGGCAGAUGUUCAUGAAUAAUUUGGAUGAAUUUAAAAUCCAGUCAAGCCAUUUUCAGAAGGACCAGUUUUAUCAGUACCAGUUUGAACACCCACAUGGUGCAAACAGGCCUCAGGGACUAUUUGAAAGAAUUCGAGGUGGCAGACCAGGGUUUGGUGAAUUAGAGGAUUACACAGAUGCCUUAAGGUACCCAGAACUGGAAUCCAAUUUUCCCCAGGAGAACUUCCCAGUGCGCCUGGAUUAUGUGCCUUCUAAUUCUUCCAAGGAAGUGAGACAUGGCUCCGACCAAGUAAAUCCAGCAGGAAACGGCCUUCUAGGGUUACCACCUCUGAAACGGCAAAACAUGGGGCAGAAAUUCAUGUGCCAAACAUCCCCAACGCAGAAGCAGAGCCUGGAACAGAGGAUGUUCCUGCAUGACCAAGAUCCGGAUGCUGAUCAAGACAAGAAAACACAAGAGAAUAGAGCAGGUUUACGCAACUGGAGAAUAUCCUCAUACCUGAGUGGGUACCAGUCUGAAUCAGAAGAAGGACUCCCAGUGCCAAUGGAGGCGGAGCCCUUCCAUGAAGUGCUUGGGCUGGCGGAGCCUCUCCCCCGGUACCCCAGUGACCUCAUCCCCUCUUUCAAACCCUCUCUGCCGCUUGCCAGUGCCAAAGAAAUGGUGGGGGCUGACAAAGCAGGCGAGGAGUCCUCUGUCCUGAGGCAGGACCCCUUCAGGAGCAGGAUAAAUCCCUUGAUCCAGAGGAGCUCACGGCUCAGGUCUUCCCUUAUUUUUAGUGCUGCCAAGCUAGACCAGCAGAACGUAUCAGGGGAAAAAGUUCAGAUGAUCCAAAAAGAGCAGACCUCCACUGAAAUAACGAAAGAUAAUGAAACCGUCAAGACUUCUACUGCCUCCAAAGUAGCUGAGCUGCUGGAGAAGUACAAGACUCCAGGCAAAGACUCUGAGAGUACCACAGUCAGUCACACUAAGGCCAUGUCUACAUUUCUCCAGGAAGAAUCCCAGAAUGCAGAGAAGAAAUGCACCAAGUCAGUUCAGUAUAAGAUUUUGGAGAGCAGGGUGUUGGACUCCAAAGAAUCCUUGAGUUAUAAGCUGCACACAGAGUCAGAUGCACAAUUUGGAGUGUCCCCUUCAACCAGCCAACUCACCGAUGCCCUUAGCAAAGACACCAUAGCACAGAUCAGCAGUAAAAUGGACAAGUUAUCUUCUCGAUUUUAUCCUAUAGACAACAAACCCAGUCUUCCAGAGAAGGAGAGCCUCAUCUUUGUGGGAGAAACUCAGAAACUUACUCUUCCAGAAAGGAAAGAGAAACCACCACUCAAAGCCGAAGCGCACAAUCCAGCCAGUGCAGAACUGACAAAACAUGUUCAUGCACAGUGCAACGUGACAUCAACAUCUGAAAGCUCCUCGAAGAACCAGGACCCUGACACCUCCGUCAGUAAGCCAGAGGAAGAAUGUUGCAAGCAAGAGCAGAGUCCAAGAGAGUUUUUUCGGAAAGGGUCACUAAGGCUCAAGCAGUUGUUAAACCCCAAAGGGGAGAAGAAAUCAGAAGAAGAAACUAUCGCGGAGAGCUGGAAGUCAGACAAGCAGAGCCUGGGCCUCAAGCGACCCUCCAAGAGUGAUCUUCAGGAAAUCACAGAGGAGGAAAAAUCUCCAAAGCUGCCUUCGCCACCUGUCCUCAAAGGGAAUCCAUCUAGGCUUCCGUCAUCUACUGCCAACGUCCUCUACAGCAGUAAUCUCCGUGAUGACACCAAGGUAAUUCUGGAGCAAAUUUCUGCCAACAGUCAGAAGAACCGAGCAGAGCUGACCAGGCAUCUUCCAGUGGCUGGCAACCCUGAGCUGUCCAAGUCCACAACCAGUUUGGACAACAAAGGCGAAGAGAAAAGCACAGCGAUCAGCCGGUCAGAAAGCUUUGGCAGUCAUAGGAGGAACCAGCAGAGAGAGCCUUCUGAGGACAGGGAUUCCCUUCUGAAAAGGAUGGAGAGCAUGCGGAAAGAGAAGCGGGUCUACAGCCGAUUCGAGGUCUUCUGCAAGAAAGACGAACACGGCGAAGAGGAAUGUGAUGCAGAUGCCAAAGACAAGAAGAUGGGGAAGUUCAUGCCCAAGCUUCUGGGCACGUUCAAAACCAAAAAAUGACUCUAGAGGUUGCUGCCUAUUUCCACCUACCUGGUCCAAAGAUACACUGC